CGUGGAGCUGUAAGAUGGCGGCCCGCUGGGGGACAGGCGAGGAGAUGUUAACAGCCUGUAAAAUGGAAUAUUUCUCAACAUCAGCACUCGAAGACGUGGAUUUACUCCAGGAGGGUCCAUGUGGUCUGCAGCACAAUGGAUUGGACAACGGUGAUGCAUUUGGCUGCUUGCAAUCAUCCAUUCUAUCCAUCUUUGAUGGUUCCCCAACUGGGCUGAUUAAAAGUGGUGCUGAUGAUGAAAAUGAGGCAACACUGCUUACAGCUCUUACUGAAAUACUUGAUAAUGUGGAUGACGAGAACCUGUCUCCUUUUGACACGCUACCUGACGUGGAGCUUUUGCAGGGAGAGAAGGACAAUGAGCACUUAUCUAUUGAUGAUGACAAUGCUGAUUUCCCUGAGCUUAUAGAAGGUUUGGAUGUAUCCUCUGAAUUGGACUGGUGCCUUCCCAUUUCUUUGGAGCAAGAUGGAGAGACGGUGUCUGUUACUCUCAGUGAUCUGGUCAAACACAUGAACCCAUACACCAUGACUCUGUGUGUAGAGGGUGAGGAGCAGCUCCUGCCUGAAGGAGGAAUCAUUUUAGAAGUGAUGGAUAAGGGAGAACAUGGAGAACCCAUCCUGUCCAUCCCAGAUCUGAGCUUUCCCCUUUCUCUGUCUAGUGCAGAAGGGGAACAGUGUGUCCCAGAGAGCAGCCCAGAAAAGGUUGAGUUUGAAGGCAAACGAGCAGAGGCGACUCCUUCUUCUGAAGUGUCACCUGUCAAGGAAAACCGAGAUACUGAUGUAAACAAACAACCAAAAAAUGAAUCUUCUAAAAGAUUAUCCUCAAAAAGAAAAAAGAAACGAAAAACUGAGGCCCACCCUGCUGAAAAAAGAGUUUUAAGAAGUGAGGCAUCUAAAAAGGUUGAAGAAUCUGGCAAGGAACCUGAGGAUGAGCAGAAGAAGAUGAAAAAUGUUUCAUUUUCAUCUGCCUGUGCUUUAAAUGAAGUGUGUCAAACUGCUAAUUUAUCAGAGGACAAGGCGCCUGAGGUACAGGCCCCGGUGGCAAGUCUAUCUUCCAGCCUGACACCUCACACCACAUCUGAUCAAGCUGCUGUUGAAUCAAAACCAUCGCCUGUACCAGAGGAUAAAGUCUCAUCAGGUGCAUUACCUGAAACACCUGUAGAAAUUGAUGAUUCUUGUAAAGAAGAGCAUUCAGCCAGUCAGUCAAGUGAGCCUAAAACAAAAUCACUUAGUUUACAACAGUACCGCCUUCUUCGCCAGCAGAAGAAACCGACUCCUCUUGAUAAACCAGAGAGUAGCACUAAAUGGCCUACGUUACCUGAAGCACCAAAGGAACUUCCUCCAAUCCCCUACCUGCCUGACCCCAGCCCCAAAGACCCACGCCAUGCUGGCCCCAAGCAGGAGCCUGCCCCUGAAAUCAUGCCAGCCUGGCAGCCAAGGGGUCCUGGAGCACCUCCAACUCCUGAAGCCUUGUUGGUUCCACCAGCAUCCCUGUUGGCCUCUAGAAAACCUGCAUGUUCUAAACCAGUUUCUUCUAUUCCACCCUCUAAACCUGCAGAAAAUGUAGCCACUUCCACAAGCCCCUCAACUUUGCCAACCCCUCAGAAACUACCUACUCCAACCGAUGUGCCACUGAACACUAUUUCCAAAGAAAAUCAUGCUGCUAAGCCUCUUCCAGCUGAAAGUACUGUAUCACUGCCAGUGGCCGCUACAAAUGCAGCUCCUCAGAACCUGCCCCCAGCUGAGAUGGUGAAAUGUUUACAAAAUACUCCUUCUGUGUCUAAGGUAACGACAGCCUUUUUUAAAAAUAAGGAGGUCUCAAAGCCUCAGAAUGUAUCCGCACCUGCCACUGUAACCACUACAACUGUUCAGAAAAUUAAAGCUGCUUUAAAUACAUUAAAUGCUGCUAUGCCCCUGAGGAAAGUACUUGAACAGAAUGUGGCAGUUUUGGUGCCUGAACUAGCAAAGGCCAUCCAUACAACUAAUACAAACAGGCCUCCUGUAAGCUCCCAACGUCACGUUGCACCAAUAGCUGCUCAGCCUUUUUCAUCCGCUCCAGUUCAGGCCAGAAUUAUGAAGCUGGCAGAACAAAUGAGAAAGGCAUCUACUCAAGUUGUGGGUAAACCCAAGAGCCCCACGGAAAAGCUUAUCGAGUCCUUUACCAGUGAAAUUGGUAUUGAAGCUGCUGAUCUUGCCAGCCUUUUGGAGCAGUUCGAAGAGGCUCAGCCCAAGAAGCAGAGUGUGCUGGAGGUCUGUGGUAGAGCAGCUGCUGUAGGAAACUCCAGUGUGGAGCAGCAGGCAGAAAACAAUGGUUUCAAGAAAGUUGCCAGUCCAGAUUUGGCCAGCACUGCAGGUCUUACUCCACCUGCCACACCCCCUCAUCAAAUGUGGAAGCCCUUGGCACCAGUGGCAUUAUUAGGAAAACAGGCUAAGUCUGAAUCAGCCAAACCAUCUCCAACUAAAACCAUUCAAAUAGACCCACUGCCUUUACCUGCAAACAAGCUGCAAAGCAAGCCUCAGACUUGUUUUACCCCUGGACAGGUUCAGCCAGUUGCCCUUGACCACGAUUACUGCUUUGUUCCCAAAGAACCCACCCAGAACGAAAUGGGCAAUCGCUGGAAUGCCAAACAGCAACCUAGCAUCAUCAUCAAGUCUGUUGUGCCGCCCAAUAACUGCAAGGCAUCCCAGCAGAGUGUCUCUGAGCUUCCUUCAAUUACUGAAAACAGCCUUCUGAAAAAUGAUAAAUCUCAGCAGUCUGUAUGUAAGAGUCAGUCGGAGAGGCAGCCACAGACCAGUACAGGCUUGGUGACUCCAGAUGCUUCUCCUGAUAGACUGAAUUCUAAAAGAUUGCAAGGAUACUCUGAACGCUCCCCCAGCCCAUAUAACCACAAGAGAGGUCGCUCUCAGAGAAAAUACAGAACACGGUUACCUAGCCCAUCUGGAUCCACAUCCAGCAGCUCCAGAUCACGCUCACCACCCAGGAAAAGGUAUAGAUCCCGCAGUACUUCUAGGUCUCCUUCUCGAUAUGACUCUCGUUCAUGGUCCCGCUCUAGCUCCCGGUCCUCCUCUCCUCGACAACGUCGAUACUCCUAUUCCAGCUCACGCUCCUGGAGUCGGAGCCGGUCACGAUCUAUGUCCCGUUCCCAGUCUCCUGCUCGCAGGCCUCGGCACCGGGACACACAUGACAGUCCAAGCUGGAGAACCAGCUACUGCUAUGAAUCCAGAUGUAAUAACGAAGAAAACAGAAAACACAAGGACAAGGCAAUUGAGGAGCGCAGAGUUGUUUACAUUGGCCGUAUUCAUGGAGGCAUGACUCGUAAGGAGCUGAGGGAGCGUUUCUCAUGCUUUGGAGAGAUUGAGGAAUGCACAGUGCACUUUAGAGAGCAUGGGGACAACUAUGGCUUUGUCACAUACUAUAACACAAGGGAUGCAUUUAAUGCAAUUGAGAAUGGAGGCAGACUGAGGCAACUGAAUGAGCUACCAUUUGAUCUUUGCUUUGGAGGCAGGAGACAGUUCUGCAAGACUAGUUAUGCUGAUCUAGAUUCAAAUCGAGAUUUUGAUCCUCUGAAGGCCAGGUUUGAUGCACUAGACUUCGACACUUUACUUAAGCAAGCUCAGAAGAACCUAAAGCGGUAACAACGAUUCCAGCCAAGAGAAGAUUUAGGACAACAGAGAAGUGAUCAUGAAUUACCUCAGUGCUACGCACAAACUUUCCAUUGAUGCCAAUCACUUAUUAAUUUUUGUUUGUGUGGGUUUUUUUUUGUUUUUUUUUUCCUGUUUGUGGUUUUGUUUCUGCAAGCUUACACCUUCUAUUGAAGUGAAGAUUUGUAUGGAAAAUUAAAAGAGGAAAAAAAUAGAAUAUGCUGAAACUAUGUAAUGAAAAAAUGAAAAAUAAGGAUUUUUAAAGGAAGAAUUUAUUUAAAUGUUAAAUUUAAAAUGUAUGGAAAUACAUUGAAAGAACUUGAGAAAUUAAGUUGAGCAUGCUAAAUGCUGAAGGGAUAGAUCUACAUUGCUGAAAAUGUAUUUCAACCUAAAUAAACCCUUAAAAGAUCUUAAAAGAG